GGCUUAAGCACAGUUCUCCAUCGAAUUGAUUCCAACAUGUAUCGGCUACUGUGUUAUCUUCUCGCAGGCUCUCUGCUGCUGCUACUGGUGGCAGGAGAAACAUCAUUGGAGGAGCAGUUCUCGUCUGAGGAGGAGAUUAUUGUGGACACGACGCCCAUUGAUUUUGUGAAUUUUCCUGCCAACUCCGCGGUGCUAAUGGAGCUGGCAGCACCUUCGGCGGAUGAGCAGAAUGUGAUGGCAGCACAGAAGAUCAAUUGGAUGCCCGUGUGGCAGGAGCAGGACUUAGUUAGGGAUAUUGCAAGGUCGAGACGACAAGUGGGAGAUGAUGCCAACAAGGAUCCUUCAGUUCCAAGCGCAGAUAAGGACAUUCCUGACAUUCCCACCACAACCACCGUAAAAGUAUCCUCUACAGCCAACAGUGAAGUUUCACCCUCAAAUAGUAGCCCCACUGUGAUCCCAACCACCACCAGCUAUCUCUCCACGCCCCUGGAGGAUCUACUGACCAAUCGUGACACCAAAGAGUGUCCCAGUACUGCCCAACGUGGACUCACCAAUCUCAUACGCGUGGCACGACCACUUUUGCCUGCUGCCGAGCUGCGCAACAUCUUUGCCAAUGCCCUGGACGAUCCUCAAGUCAAGCAGCUCCUUGAUCUGCUAAAGAGCAAAGCUUUCAAGGAGCUUGUGACACUUUUGCGUGCCACCAAGCAGCAUCAGGCGCUGCAGGACUACAUUUGUCGUCGCCUGAAGCUGGAUCCCGCCUACUACUUUGAUUAUGUGCGAGUAUUCCUCAAUAUUCACACCACCGAAGCACCCACCACCCCGUUGCCGAAUCGUCGCAAGGGCAUACGCGGCCUGCUGCAGGAUGUGCGUGAUGUCCUGCCGCGCACUGCUCUCAGGGAUCUAUACUUGCGAAUGUACGCCUCGGAUGCAGAGCUCUCCAGUGCUGUGCGUCUCAUCCGCAGCCUGGAGUUCCGUCAGCUGCUCCGGGAUGUGCGCUCCUUGAAGGAGUACAACGGCUUGACUGAGCAACUGGUGAAGGUGGGUGUGCCGCUGCGACAGAUCCAACAAUUGGUGGCCACUGCCUUGGGUUGGGCCAACCUGGAUGCCACUCUUGGGGCAGAGACGGUCAUCUUUAGUGACUAAAUGGGAGAUGGAGUUGGAGUU